ACACACAUGCUUAAGAACAUGUCUGCCUUAAUUUAUUUCCUCACAUUAAUCCCAUCUCUUUGCUUCCUCAUUUCGCCAUCAAUUUCUCAACUAUCCUUUACUCCGGCCCCGGUUCCGGGCUCUAUACCAUUCCACUAUAUCAAUCGAGGUAACUUUGAUGUUAACAUCGGCGAAUUCGAGUCCGCCUUCCGAUGUGUAGGAAUCCAUAGUCCAAAAUUCUCUUUAUGCUUUUACACCAACAUUAACAUCCUAAAUUCUUUUACCCUUGGUAUAGGCAUGAGCUACCCACCUAAAUGGGUUUGGUCCCCAAACCGGAACAACCCGGUUCGUGACGGGGCUAGUCUUUCCCUAGGGAAAGACGGCAAUCUCGUACUAGCCGAUGAUGAUGGCCGUGUUGUUUGGCAAACCAACACGGCCAACAACGGUGUGAUUGGGUUCAAGUUGCUUGAUAACGGCAACUUGGUAUUAUACGACGCUAAUAACAAUUUUGUAUGGCAAAGUUUUGAUUACCCUUCGGAUACAUUAUUGGCCGGCCAGUCUCUUAAGGCCGGGUUAACUAAUAAGCUCGUAAGUAACGCAUCGCCUUCGAGCUAUUUCGAAGGGAACUACACCUUAGAGAUGAGCCCUAAUAAUGUGUCCUUAUAUUACAAGAGUUCAAACAAUCCAACACCACUUCCUUACUACAGCUAGAAUUGAUCAAAGUAGUAACUCAACGUUUUUUUCCAAAGAGUUCAAAUAUUUUGUAGGAGUUACAAACUUGUUUUUUCAUUUUACUUUCCAAGCCAUUCAAUACAUAACUACAGAUCAUUAUGAUGGUAUACUACGUACGUACAAUGACACGUCCAGUUCGAAUCAACAGUUAGUCGAAACGUGGUACAAUGGCACGUAUUCCUUCCUCCGACUAGACCAUGAUGGUAUACUACGUACGUAUAAUCUCGACCCUAUGAACAGGGUAGGAGGUCUUGACUCCAUAUGGAAAGUAGAGUUCACUCUUUUUAUGGGUGAGCCAUUGAUGAAUGAUAAAAAAAGGGCAACUGAAUGCCAAAUGCCUGAGAAGUGCGGCGAGUUUGGUGUUUGCUAUAAAGGGCAGUGUGUGGCUUGUCCUUCCCCUAGAGGGCUAUUGGGUUGGACGGAAAAGUGUGCGCCGCCCAAGUUGGUGGGAUGCGGUGGUGGUGGUGGUGGGAUGAAUGCCAAGUACUACAAGGUUGGUGGUGUUGAGCAUUUCAGUAGCAUGUACACCGAAGGAGAGGGGCCGAUGAAAGGAAGGGAGUGUAAGGCUAUGUGUAGCAAAGAUUGCAAGUGUGUUGGUUUUUUCUAUGAUGAAGAGAGGUUAAAAUGUUGGGUUGUUUAUGAUCUCAAGACUUUGACGCAAUCUAGUAACCCUAAGCACUUUGGUUACGUCAAAUUGUCUAAUUAAUAACUAUAAUUAAGUGAGUAAUCUUGGUUAAGACUAUGGAAAUUAAGGAUUGAUUUGUCAGCUUUUUAUGUUUGUUUUCAUUGCAAAAACAAAUACUAAUAAAUGUAAUCAAAGGCGAAUUGUUUCAAAUAAAAAUAAUAUAAAUGUUAGUAGAGUAUGCAGUAACACGAGGCGUUGCCCGGAGCUAAACACUAGUUUUUUAAUAACAUAAAAUGGUUUUCUCCUAAUUUUUCUAUUUUACGCAGUACGGAGUAUUAUGAUUAUUCUAAACAGAUAUUGGGCUGUUUCUCUCUUACUUGGUACUUGGUAUUUGGUAUUAAAGGCGUAAACAAGUUAGUCGAGCUGGAAGGGCAGUGGGCUCACUGGGCUGGGCUGGGCUGGGCUGGUCGAACAAUCCACAUUACAAAAGAAUACUCUUGUACUCUUGAGUAGUUAGAGACUUAAAGUUAUGCCACGUACCCCAUCAGCAACGUAGCUUUACGCCACGUGGAUUUGGAGGCGGUGAUUGAAUAAAACCGAGGUAGCAAAGAGAAGGCAGAGUUUGUGAUUCAAGAGAGGUACACCGUAUACAAUUAGGUAGAGAGAAUUAGAAGAGAAGAAAUGGCAGAUGUAAAGGGAUCAACAACUGCAGGUUGUAACGAAACAUGUGGUUGCCCUUCUCCUUGUCCUGGUGAUCAAACUUGCAGGUGCACAACAUCAUCAGGCGAAGAGAUGGGUCACAAUAAAUGUUCAUGCGGGGAGCACUGCGGGUGCAAUCCAUGCACCUGUAGUAAGACGGUGGUGAAGGGCACAGGAAAGGCCUUCUGCAAGUGCAGCACCGGCUGCGCUUGCUCAACCUGUGCUGCUUGAUCAUCUACCACAGGAUGAAACAGCUACUGUUUGUGCAGUUGUCAUUAGUCAAACUGUUUUCAAGAGUUCAUGUUUUUGUUUUAGCUUAAAUAAGUCUUUAUGUAUUAUCACUUGUAAACUUGUAAUCACACUUAUUAUAUCAGAGUCUUGUACGGUUUUUGACAGUUUGGUGAAUAAUAAAAGUUUCAGUUCUCAA